CGGGUGGCGGGUCCCGGUCUCCCAAGCCAGGUCGUGUCCGAGGAGGAGGGGACCCUCUGCCGGCGAGGCGGGUCCUCGGUGGCCAGGGGAGGCCGACGCCGAGCCGGGCGGAGCCGAGAGCUUGAUCUGCUAGGCUCGCCCCAACGCGCCGGGAGGAGCCGGCUGGCGGCACGUGACCCAUCGCGGCCGGCUGCGGCCCAGAAAUAGCCACCGCGGCGGUUCAGCCCGGAGGCCGGCGCGCGUUCCGGGAGACGGCUGGACGCAGGCUGGGCGCGGCGCGGCCCGGACGAUGCUGCUGAGCUCCGGCCCGGCCCGGCCCCGAGUACAUGAUGGCGAUACGGGAGCUCAAAGUGUGUCUUCUCGGGGACACUGGGGUUGGGAAAUCUAGCAUCGUGUGUCGGUUUGUCCAGGACCACUUUGACCACAACAUCAGCCCCACUAUUGGGGCAUCUUUUAUGACCAAAACUGUGCCUUGUGGAAAUGAACUUCACAAGUUCCUCAUCUGGGACACUGCUGGCCAGGAACGGUUUCACUCACUGGCUCCCAUGUACUAUCGAGGAUCUGCUGCGGCUGUCAUAGUGUAUGACAUCACCAAACAGGAUUCAUUUCAUACCUUGAAAAAAUGGGUUAAAGAACUGAAGGAACAUGGCCCAGAAAACAUUGUAAUGGCCAUUGCUGGGAACAAAUGUGACCUCUCAGAUAUUAGGGAGGUUCCCCUGAAGGAUGCUAAGGAAUAUGCCGAAUCCAUAGGUGCCAUCGUCGUUGAAACGAGUGCAAAGAAUGCUAUUAAUAUCGAGGAGCUCUUUCAAGGAAUCAGCCGCCAGAUCCCACCCUUGGACCCUCAUGAAAAUGGAAACAGCAGUGGGAUCAAACUUGGGAACCAGAACUUGCAAGCCAGCCGGCGGUGCUGCUGACCCAAGGGCCAUGGCAUGCAGAGUGUAAAAGAGAAAACCAGAUCCCUCUUCUGGGGUGUGAGCCUUUUGCCUCCUCACCCUCUAUGGAGUGAGCAGCUUUGCAUCCUGGAAGACCUGCAGGAGGCUCAGAAAUAUCCCUGAAAAGGGAUUAUGGAAAACUUAUCACAUGACCACAAUAUGGCCUUGCCUUCAGUUCAUGAAAUUACAUAGCAGGGGUUAUAUGCCCAUUAGGUAACAGGGUUAGUUACAACUUUUGUUAAAAGUAUUAGAAAAAUUUUUACAUUUGUACACAAGCCUUGAAGUACUGUUCUCUGAUUUCCCAUGUCACCUAGUCAAACUCCAGUAACUUCUCCAGGGCCAGAGCCUUCCUUACCUGGCCGGCCUUCACAAAAAGGCAGAUUCAGGUUAGUUUUUAACUGGCUUUGGAAAUAAGCUUUUAUUUAUUACUCUUCUGAGGGAAAUCAGACAAGUGUAACUGGACCGUCACUCAAGCUGAGAAUUGAUCUCCUGUAAAAGAGGUAAAAGUUGCAUUAGAAACUGUCCUACACAUCUCUUUUCAUUGAUGACCAUUUUUCUAAGUUGUGCUCAUACGCAAGCCAACCAAAUCAAACUAGAAUGUUGCAAUUGGGGGCUGGGAGGCCUGGUUUAAAGGAGGCAGUUAGGUUUUUACUGUAUAGGCAAUGAUGGAUGGAAGAUAUAAUGUAAUUCAGAGUACCACCCCCCAGCCAAGUAUCCCCUACAUUGCAAUAAAUCUCUACUCUUGGAGAUGUUUAAUGCACAGAGUACUGUCUUAUUAGGAGACUAUAUUAUGGUAUCACAUCGAGAGGGGAAAAAAGAAAACUAACCAGAGAAUGCAGAAUGCUUGAGUCUAAACUGUAGGACAGACUUCUAAUAACAGCAGUUAAUCAUAGGUUGCAGCAAAGUCAGCCAGAGCAAUAUUACCACUUUAAAAUUCUAGACACCUCCCCUGACCCCAAACUACAAAAUCAACAAAAUUUAACCUUAGCCAGGCUUGGGGCAAAAGGUAGUCAAGCAGACGGGGAAGGUUCCAUUCACAGACUAUAUUUAUCCAGGAUGUGUGUUUCAAUGUAAUGUUCUUCCUGCUUCGCCCAACUUGGGAAAGUUGAUUUAGUCUUAACUAGAGCUGGGAAACAUUUCUUUGCUUCAGGGGUGUCACUUGGCUUCCCAAGACAGGCACCUCAAAAACUCAGCAAACAGCAUCUGGAUGUCUUGGCAGGGUCUUCACAAGGACUCUCCGGGCCUGUUCCACAUUGCCAGCAUCACUGGCUGACUUGAUUCUGAGAGCAGGCAAAGAAAUGAAUCCACUCACCGAAAGAGAAAAAGCAGUUGGACACUGAAGUGGCCUCUUUCCAGGUGGCGUCAGGCUUAUUUUUUACCUUUUCCCUGUCAGGGAAGCUUACCCUGGGAGCUUGCAUUUCUCUAGCCAGCUGUCCAGAUUUCUAAGGCAAGAUGGUACCGUUCCCAACAGAAUGUCACAGCUUUGGGCUGGGUUUACAGUGGUUGUAUUCUGCAUAAAUUAGUCAUCAUCCUAAUAGCAAGCUCCCCUGGCUGUGUUGCAGAAGCGCAUGAGAGAAUGCAACCAUGCUCUUCCCAUGCUGCAUUGCCUUAGCUGUUGAAGACAGCCAGAGGACAAAUACAUACAUGUCACCAUUGCGAGGAGCAGAGAGUAGGUGGCACUCGGGCACACCAGUAUUCACACCGUCUAGGGUCUCCUCUGAAAAUCAAUGCCGUGGCCUUGUUUGCACUGGCACCUUUCUUUAGUUUGAUUUGGGAUUCCUUUUCUACUAUUCUAAUAACUGACCUUUAACCACCGAAGAGUAUGUAAAGGCCUACAAAUUAUCGGUUGCCAGAGUCAGGUGGUUCCUGGGUUAUAUAUAGAUAGCUUCCUCAGCUUCAUUUCUCAUCCCCAUUUUAUUUUUUCCCACAUGUGUACGUGUGUAUAUGUGUAAAUAUGAUUUUAUGUCAGCUCCAUCUACGUGUAUUCCAUUCUGAAGUGGCUGGGUUUGGUUUAUGGUCAUGUGUUCUAUAAGUGAGAAAUGGAUUGUCAAAGGGAUUCUUUCCCAGUGGAAAUCCCUAAGAGCAGCAGUAGAGUUGUGCAAACAUUUUACAUAGGUACAGAAUUGACUUACCAUUUUAUAUUUAAAAAUGGUACAUUAGGGUACUGAACAUGACGUUACCUUGUAAACUAAAAGGUUGAAGACCUAAAGCUACAUUCUAGCCGACAGUAAGGGCUGUGCCCGGAUGGAAAGCACACUCAUUUCCUGAGGGAGGUUUGGAGAACUGAAGUAUUUCCUCUACCAUCAAAGGCUAUGGCCUGUGACAGCUGAAAGUGAGCUGUGUGUGGGCCUCCCUUCUUGCUGCUCUGCAGUGCUCAUGGCAAGGGAGCGAGAAGCCAGCCAUACGCCAAGGGUUCUGUGCUCCAUUCAGACCUGCCUAGUGUCUGGAUCAUUCCUCUUUCAACUAUUGUAAUGCCCAGUGGCCCAGCAGUCGGGCUGUCACACAGACUGCUGCCCUGGCUGGUGUUUUUGUAAAGGGUUUCCACCUGGGCUGGACCCAGGUUUUGCGCUAAAAAGAUCCCUCCACAGACACCUGUAUUCUGUUCUAUGAUAAAGUGUUCUCAACAAUGCUCAUUUGUAUCAUUUAUUUUUAAUUUUAACACACACUGAUUCAUACUAAUAAAUAUUUGAAGUUUUUCUGA